GAUGGGCGGGCAAAUAACACGCUGCGACUUCGAAUGGUCUUACACUGCAGAGCCGCAUGCGACGAGAAGAAAAGAAAUUCUUGCCAAAUAUCCUGAGAUCAAGAGACUUAUGGGCAGUGAUCCUUUAUUCAAGUACGAGAUCCUUUUUUUGGUAGUGGCUCAGUUCACACUGACUUUUCUCGUGCGUGAUGCAUGUUGGACUACUCUACUGCUUUCAGCCUACUUCAUAGGGGCGUUUCCCAGCCACGCCCUCAUCGUUGGGGUGCACGACAUCUGCCAUAACAUCCCAUUUGGAAACGGGCGGCCUUUACUCAACAGACUCUUUGGCAUUUUAGCGAACCUUCCGACAGGUAUUCCCUCUUCAAUUGCGUUCAAGAAGUAUCACCUCCUCCACCACCGUUACAUGGGCGUGGAAGAAAUCGAUCCCGACCUACCAACAGGUUUUGAAGCUCGAAUAUUUUACAACUCCAUCACCAAACUAGUUUGGGUAAUUUUACAACCUUUUUGGUAUGCAUUAAGGCCUUUAGUCAUUAACCCCCUACCCCCGAACGGCUUGGAAAUUCUUAACAUUGUCGUCCAGUUCGUUGUCAAUUGCGCCGUAGUUUACUACUGGGGAGCAAAGUCACUCGUAUUCAUGGUCAGCAGUACGAUCCUUGGAGCAGGCUUACACCCUAUGGCGGGCCACUUCAUAGCUGAGCAUUACAUGUUCGAAGAAGGCUUCGAGACGUAUUCUUACUACGGCCCUGGAAACUAUCUGACAUUUAACGUCGGGUAUCACAACGAGCAUCAUGAUUUUCCGAGUAUCCCAGGUUCAAAGCUCCCUUUUGUAAGGAAGAUAGCAGCAGAAUAUUACGAUAACUUACCGUAUCACACCUCUUGGAUCAAAGUGAUAUGGGAUUUUAUAACAGAUCCUAGAAUUGGCCCUUAUGCUAGAGUCAAGAGGCCGAAUGCCAAAAAGGCUAAACGAGAUGAGCUUCCUGAGUAGUCAUCAUCUGCAAGCAGGCCCUCGUUUUUAGUCAACCUCGUUCCCAGGGCCUUUUCCCUGACCACCCCCAGGCCCUGGGAACGAAGAGUCUGUAAAGGGUUUGGUACAGAUAAGACCCCGGUAAACCUCAACCCAGUCUCGUGCCCAGUCCUUCCGCGGCCCAAGCUACAGGCUAGGCUACUCAUCUCAGAUCUCCCUUUGGGCGGAAAAAAUGCGCGAUUUGCAGCGCUAAUAAUGAAGGCUUGCUUGCAGCCUAAAGCAGUCAUUCAAAUCCAAAUUGUGUAGAUCUAAAUUUUACAUUUUAAAUCCAACGAACUUUUUUUCAUACCUUCUUUACUUUAAGCACAUUUUAAUUAUGGUAAGGCUGCUUUUCACUAUUUUGAUCCAGUUUCGCUUCUUUUCUUUAAGCAGUUAGGAACGUUUUGACUCAGCACGGGUUAGUUUUUUAAGAGUGUUUAUAAGGAGGCCUCAGAAAUUCUCCUCUCUCACGAUCCGAAGCAAUUUCUCAGUAUUCCUGACCCUAUCAUCCGAUCCUGCAGUAAUUCAAACCCGCCAAUAUAAUUCGCCCUAAACAAGCUUUGUUUUAAUGUCACUUUUGCAAAUUUUACAUCGUUUUUUUCCCAUCGGAAUGGAUUUUUGGCGUUCCAUUUUGGGGGAUAAGUUGCUUCUUAUAAGCCAGUAUUGAGCGGUGUACAUUUUCUCUCUAGCUGGGAAAGUCCGUGUUUAAAAUCACACUAUUCUUAACAUGCAUUUCAAAUUGGAGGACAAGGUUUGAGGGUUUAAUUACCUCGGGCGGCCUAACAAAGAAUCGUACUUGUGCCUAUAUCAAUCAAUGGCGAAAUUCACUCUUAACUGCCAGUGCUUUUCACAAGUUUCUGUGGCAUGAAGUGACUAGAAUUGUGUUUCUUUCUUCUGCAUAGAUGUUAGUGCGUCAAAUUUUAUCCCCCUCCCCACCGUUCAUGACAAUUCGUCAAUUCCUAUUUGUACCCUUGAAUAAAGAGGGAAAGCCCGAAAGUCAUCUCGCCCGAAGUCAUCUCGCCCGAAAGUCAUCUCGCCCGAAGUCAUCUCGCCCGAAAGUCAUCUCGCCCGAAGUCAUCUUUUCCGAAAGUCAUCUCGCCCGAAGUCAUGUUGCCCGAAACUCAUAGUCAUGUUGCCCGAUAUUUUGAGUCAUGUCGCCCGCACUUUUAUCGAGUGUUUAAACUUGAAGAAAAGUAACAUCUCAAGUAAAUCGUAAGGAAUAAACUCGUGAAAUGUUGACUCGUAAACUGUUUUGGUCCGCUAACCUACAAGAGACUCAAAUACCGCUGUUCAUUUCAGCGUUGUUCGUUGCUCUGAACUGAACUGCUCAUUCUACUGUACAGAUUCUAG